AGAAAAUUGAAUGAAAAUUUGAGUUGGAGAAAAAAGGAAAAUCAGUGAGAAAAAGAAAAGAAAAGAAAAGAAGAUGCGUGGUGGUGGUGAGAUGAUGAUGUCGUCUUCGUCUUCGUCGUCAUCUCGAUCAAGGUCGGUGACGGAAACGGUGAACGGGUCACACAACUUCACAAUAAGAGGGUACUCGUUGGCGAAGGGGAUCGGAGUUGGAAAGCACAUAGCGAGCGAGAAUUUCACGGUUGGAGGUUACCAGUGGGCCAUCUAUUUCUACCCUGAUGGGAAGAACCCCGAAGACAACUCCACCUAUGUCUCUGUCUUCAUCGCUCUCGCCAGCGAAGGCACCGACGUCCGUGCUCUCUUUGAACUUACCCUCCUCGACCAGACUGGCUCUGCCAAGCACAAGGUUCAUAGCCACUUCGAUCGCGCCCUCGAGAGUGGGCCCUACACCCUCAAGUACCGUGGCAGCAUGUGGGGCUACAAGCGAUUUUUCAGACGGAAUAUGCUUGAAUCAUCAGUUUUCCUUAAGGAUGAUUGCUUGAAAAUUAAUUGUACUGUUGGUGUUGUGGUUUCUGCGGUGGAUUGUUCAAGAUUACACUCAAUUCAUGUCCCUGAAUCUGAUAUUGGAGCACAUUUUGGUAUGCUAUUGGAGAAUAAGGAAUGUUCUGAUGUUACUUUUAAUGUGUCUGGGGAAAAGUUUCAUGCUCACAAACUGGUACUGGCUGCUCGCUCUCCUGUAUUUGAAACUGAAUUUUUCAAUGGAAUGGAUGAAGAUGAUCAAGAAAUAGUCGUUACAGAUAUGGAACCCAAUGUUUUUAAGGCUUUGCUUCACUACAUAUAUAGGGAUACUCUUGUUGAAGAUGAGGAUUUCUUGGCGUUGAGUUCAUCUUGCAUGCCAUCUUUAUCUGACACAUUUGCUGCGAAAUUGUUAGCUGCAGCGGAAAAAUAUGGUUUGCCUAGACUUAGAUUGAUGUGCGAGUCUGUACUCUGUAGGGAUAUAUCUGUAGAUUCUGUUGCCAAUAUUUUGGCCCUGGCUGACAGUUAUCAUGCUUCAGAUUUAAAAUCAGUUUGCCUAAAAUUUGCUGCUGAAAACCUUGUCGCCGUUAUGCGCUCUGACGGUUUUGAGUAUCUCAAGGAGAACUGCCCACUGCUGCAAUCUGAAAUCCUUAAGACAGUGGCAGGGUGUGAAGAGGAAUUCAGUGGAGGGGGGAAGAGUCGAAGUGUUUGGGCUCAGUUUUCUGAUGGUGGUGACACAAAUGAUAGGAGUGUAAGGCAACAGACCUGGGAAAAUGGAGGGGAACGAAGUCGAAGUUUGUGGGUCCAGCUUUCUGAUGGUGGUAAUGCUAGUGUUAGGAGUCCUAGACAAGAAGGCUAAUAAGGUAAACAUGUUUGUAGCCGCUGCUGGUAUGAAUUGGAAAAGGGAGGAGAAAUUUAAGAACGUUAAUUGAGAAAGGAACAUUGCCUCCGUUGUAACAUGUCUAUUGCUUUUGCCUUUUUCUUCUUUCCCUGCUGUAUGUGAAAUCAAUGUUUGUUUGUUGGGAAUGUACUGAGGGUUAUAGUAUAGGUUGCAUUAACAGAUGCAUUACCAUGAACUUGUAAUUGUCAGGACUGAUUGUAGACUUGUAGCUAUAAGAAUGUAGAAUACAUUUUGCUGAUAAACCAGUAUUAACACUUUGUUGUAGAA